AAAUUUGUUCACCCAAUAUAAAACGGUCCGUCCGUCCAAUAGUCGCCAGUUUGCGCGAUAGAAUCUGCCGCCAAAAUGAAACCCGCCAUUUUGUUCGUUUGUUUGAUUGGCUCAGCCCUUUCAAUUCCGACGGCUCCACUAGCAGCGGCUGCCGGAUUAGCUCUCGCCUCUGGUGUAGCUAAGCAGGCUGCCGCCGGGGGCCUUGGUGGUGGAGCUCCCGGAGUGCCCAAUCCCAUUGGUGGUGUUGCCGAGGCUGGGCUAGGUGCGGCUGAUGCAGCGAAACAUGGUGUCAGAGGCAGUUUUAGAGCUGGAGCGUCAGGUGUCGUUGGAGUCAAGAAUGGUGCUGAAACCGCUGUGGGUGGCGUCGUCGCUGGAGGCGCUGAGAUUGCCACAGGAAACGUUGCCGGCGGUGUGGUUACAGUAGGCAAAGCUGGCCUGGACACUACAGCCGAUGUGGUAGAUGGAGGCAGGGGAGCUGUACAGAACGUAGCCGACGACGCUGCCGGCGCCGUGCACGCAGCCGCACACGGCGCUGCAGGCGGUGCCAACACUGUCCUUGGCACUCAAGGAACAGUUCCUGGUGAGGUACUGACUGGGGCUGAGGUUGCUACGGACACAGUCGCUGAUAAGGGCGCAUUAAUCACUGACGCCGCAGCCCAGGUAGCUGACGAUGCUGUGAGCUCAGUUGCAGGACGCAAUGGCGGAAUAAACGCUGGAAGCGUUGCCGAUGUUGGUUCGUCUCUUGGCGGUUCUGGGCUUGCAGGCGGCCGUGACUUGGCCGGUCUCACCAAUAGAUCCGGCGGUGGUAGUAACAACGCGAACAGGGGAAGCACCUCAAACAGAAGCAAUAACAAUAGGGGAAGUAGCUCUAACGAUGACACAAACAACGAUAGUAACAAUGCAGAUAGUACUAGUGACAGCCGCGGCAGUGGAAGCGGUGGCAGUAAUAGAAAUGGCGGCAGUAAUGCCGGCAACAAUGAUAGCGGUGACAGUAACAGAAAUGGCGGUAGUAAUGCCGGCAACAAUGAUAGCGGUGACAGUAACAGAAAUGGCGGUAGUAAUGCCGGCAACAAUGAUAGCGGUGACAGUAACAGAAAUGGCGGCAGUAAUGCCGGCAGCAAUGAUAUCGGUGACAGUAACAGAAAUGGCGGCAGUAAUGCCGGCAGCAAUGAUAACGGUGACAGUAAUGGAAAUGGCGGUAGCAAUGCCGGCAGUAAUGAUAACGGUGACAAUAACGGUGACAAUAACGGUGACAACAACGGAUCGGGAAGCGGAACAGUUAAAAAAGAAAUAAAUGCUGAAUUGUCGGAUACCAUUGAAAAAUCAGGAAGCACCGGCAAUGCAGACGACUGUUGAAGAUG